UACAAUUACGAUCAUUUGACAUUCGGGUUGACAUUUCGACAUCACAGCUGUGGAAAAUGUCGCCCGCGUUUCAGAAUUAUUUAUAAAAUCUUAGUUCUAUAAAUAAACAUGGGAGAAAAUUAUAACAACACGCUUUCACUAUUGUAGACGGCGUUAAAGGUGUUGUGUUUGUCAAAAAUUUAAUACGCAGCGUAAAUGCGUUGUAAAUUUGCAAUGUUUACGCCAAUGAGAACGUUUAUUUAUGUAUUUGUGUCGUUAAAAAUAGUGACUUAGUUGAAAAAGAUAAUUUAGCUUUAGAAUACGACUAGUUAUUUUAUAUUGCACAAAUAUUCGUGUUUAUAUAAUUAAUGGUUAAUUUUUCCUAGUGAUUAAAAUGUGCAAAGUGUUUAUUGUAGUGUGAAUGAUUGGAUUAUGAUACCAAAUUAGACCUGUUUAUUGUAUUGAAGAUCCUGUGAAAAAAAUAAAAUGCCUGGUAAAAUAAAGGUUAAAGUGCUAGCCGGUCGUAAUUUGCCGGUAAUGGACAGGGCAAGCGACACUACAGAUGCAUUUGUCGAGAUCAAAUUCGGCGGUGUAACACACAAGACUGAUGUAUGUCGGAAGUCAUUGAACCCUCAGUGGAAUAGCACUGAAUGGUACAGAUUUGAGGUUGAUGAAUCAGAACUCCAAGAUGAACCACUUCAACUACGUCUCAUGGACCACGACACAUAUUCAGCUAACGACGCGAUCGGUAAAGUCGUUAUUAGCCUUGCACCGCUAUUGGCAAGAGAGGCAAAUAAUGCAAACGGGACCACAGGCCCACCAGGCGGUGCCGUUAUGUCCGGCUGGAUACCGGUGUUCGAUACAAUGCACGGUAUCCGCGGGGAGCUGAAUGUUAUCGUGAAAGUGGAACUAUUCUCGGACUUCAAUAAGUACAAGACGUCUAGUUGUGGCGUGCAGUUCUUUCACUGCCCAAUGAUACCACCUGGAUACAGAGCGACUACAGUUCACGGCUUCGUCGAGGAGUUGAUAGUGAACGAUGACCCCGAAUACCAAUGGAUCGACAAGAUCAGGACACCGCGAGCGUCUAACGAAGCCAGGCAGGUUGCCUUCAUCAAACUUAGUAACCAGGUGCAACGGUUAGUCGGUUUGAAAGCAGCUGAGCUGGGAGCGAACGCUGUGGUCGGUUACCAGCAAGACUUUGAUUUGGAAGGAGAGGCGGGUGUUGUUGCUCGAGCUAUCGGUACAGCUGUUAGUAUAACGGCACUGCCGACGCCGAGCUACCCGACAAACAUACCCUGUACUCAACAGAGCGAGCGAGAACGAGAUAAGUACGAUAAAGACAAGAACGACAAGGAAAAGGGAUCGCCCAGACAUGCGAGGCACGAAUCGUACGGAGGCCGGGACCCGGUUGCGCCUGCCACUGUGCAGAGUUCAUCAUUACACUCUUCGUCCACUCCGAUGGGUAUACAUAGACGAUCGUCUGAUUCUGAUCUCAGCGUGACGCCAAAAGGCAACUCCUUAAACGCUUCGACUGGCAACACUGGAACCGGCGGGGGCGCUAUUCUACGACCAUCGAUGAACAGCAACAAUAUAGACAUGUUGGAGUACCCCUUCCUCACUAUGACCGAGUAUCCUCCGGGUUUCAUUGUUCAUAUCGGCGGCACGGUGUGCGCGCGCUCCGUGAAGCUGGUGGACGGCGGCGGGGAGAGCGCGGCGCGCGCGGCGUGGUGGGCGGAGCUGCGCACGGAGCUGCGCGCGCACGCACGGGCUCUGCGCUGCACCGCCGUGCUCGCCUACACCGAGCGCGCCGCCGUGCGCGAAGAUGUAUGCGUCCUGUCCGCUUCCGGCACCGCCGCGGUCAUCAACCUUGACUGCGAUUUCACCGUCGACGAGCCCACAGUGUUGAACACUGGUUCUAAGAACACGUUAGAAGAGUCAGAAAUCGAACCGUGCUCCAUAGCGCACGUGCCUUACUCUCCAGGGGCGGGGCCUUAUCGCGCUGAGCUAGCUACGUGUGGAGGAUGCAGGAGAGCAAGAGUACCGUCAGUUCUUCUAGCUACGUGCGCGAAACCCAACAGACUCGCUUCAUACCCUAAAGCCAUAACGCUUACAGCUGUUGCGGCUCGGGGCCGUCGUGCCGUCGGCGCGGAAGCCGGAGCGCGGGAUCUGUCCGACCAGCUACCCUUCCUCGAGUAUGAACUGCACAAGCUGCUGCUCGCCAAGUUGAGAAUGCAGGGCGCGAACGCGAUCUUCUCGCUGCAGACGCAGAUCGCGAUCGGCGAGCGCAGCGUGCUCGCGCUCGCCAGCGGCACCGCGCUGCGCCUCGCCGCGCUGCCCGCGCCCGCGCCGCCGCGACUCAAGGCGUCAGAAAACGACAAAAAUGCUAUUGAAAUUCAAAAAGCUUUAUGGGACACGUUCGUGGCGAACAAGGCGGCAAACGGCUACGAUAUCGGGGCACCUGAGCUGAGCAGCGCGGGCUGCGUGGAGGCGGAGGGCGACGAGGCGCCGGCGCUCGACCUGUGCGCCGACAAGGACGCCUGCGUGCUGGAGCUGGACGAGGCCGAGGACGUGGAGACAGCACGUGCGCUGUGCGUGCGUCGCGCACACAUGUGUGUGUUGACUACUGCACAGCGCACCGCCAACGCGCCGCCGCACGCAUUCACGCAGGUGUGGCGCGCGCGCCUGGGCUCGGGCGGCGCCAGCGCCGAGCGGCUCGUGGCGUGCGCGCUCACCGGCGCCGCCUACAAGCUGCGCCGCCUGCAGCCCGCCGCGCUCGCCGCCACCUGCUUCCAGCUCGACGCGCCCGAGGAUGAAAUUCAGCUCGUAGUAUCAGGGACGGCCAUCCCUCUGCUGGAUCCGUCCAAAGCCGAGUACAGCAACGGCGAUAGAGCGACGGUGGACGGAGACGACGAUAUAUUCGCGCUCGAUGAGGAGCAGCUGGUGAAGCCGCAAAGCGAAGCCGUCGACGAUAGGAAUAACGCACCGGUAGGAAGUGUUUAUACGCGCGUGUCGCUGUCGACGCUGGGCGGCGCGGUGCGGGCGCGCGCGUGCCGCCGCGUGUGCGCGCUGCGCCUGCUGUUCGUGCGCGAGACCACCGCCGUGCGCGAGCUGGGCGGCCUCAGCGGCUUCCUGCACACCUUCACCUGCGAGGUGCUGGCGAUCGCGCGCGCGUACGCGGCAGCGCUGGGCGGCAACGCGCUCACGUCGCUGUACCUCGCGCACCUGCUGCUGCACCACAACGCGCACAAGAACCAGGGUCAAUGUCUUCUAUCAGUGGGCGGUGACGUCGUGCAUGUUACCUAUUAAAUAUAUACCUUAAUCGACUUACUGACAAAGGUUGCGACAGUUGAAAGGUUACAAAUCGAUUUAUCUCUCUCUGACAUCAGUGUUUUGAUCUUUGAAAGAAAGAGAUAAAGCAUUGAAACUGUUCAACCAAUAUAUACAAGGCUCAUUAGUAAGGGGGUAGUAAUAUAAUCAGCACUAAUACAUCUUUUGUUU